UCUAGAAUUUUGGAUGAAAUCCAUUCAUCAAUAUGGCAGUGAUAAGGCUCCUGUCAUCCUGGUUGGUACACAUAGCGAGAACAAAACAGAAAAGGAAAAAGAAUUAUUUUUCCGAGAAGUAUGGAAGACUCUUGACAUGAAGAAGAAGUCUUUGAAAAAACAUAUUGAUGUGAAACGGCGAUUUGCGAUCGGAUUCCAUGACAAUGAAAGCCUUGAAAAACUAAAGAUGUCCAUUGCUGAUGUCGUGUGCAAGCUUGAUCACUGGGGUGAAGAGCUUCCACAGUCAUGGGCUAUGUUUGAAACAUUCUUUCAGGAAAAGAAAAUUCGCAAAAUAUUGAGUAGGGGUGAACUUCAGUCUUUCAAUGAAACAUUGACAGAGGGAAUAAAGCUCCAUACUAUUGAAGAUAUGGAUGCCAUGCUGCAGUUCUUCCAUGACAUCAGAGAACUUAUACACUUCAAUCACCAGUUCCUCAAUGAAGUUAUUAUCCUCGAUGUUCAGUGGUUUGCAGAUGCCUUUAGAAAUGUAAUAACAGAUAAAAACCAUGCACAAGAAGAUUUAUUUGAUUUUGCCUCAGAAUGGGACAAAUUCAAUGAAACUGGAGAAUUAGAUAAAGCACUACUAUGUGCCAUAUGGAGAAUGAACAACAAUGGUUACCUUGAGCACAAAGAGAAUAUCAUGAUGUACAUGGAGAAGUUAGGACUCUUAGCUAAAAUGAGCGACAAAACAUGGUAUGUCCCGUGUAUGAACAAGAUGCAAUUUCCAGUGGACUGCUUCUCAUCAUACCCUGCCUCCACCAUCCUUUGCUACACGUUUGAUAUUCUUCCUGUAGAAAUUUUCCAUCGCCUUGUAGCAACAUGCAUGCAGAUUCCUUGGGAGAUUUUUUCAGAUGAAGAAAGAGGAUGCAUUUACCAGACUGUGGCCGUUUUCGUGUUUCAUGACCAGCGCCAUAACGUUCUGAUGGGAAUGACUCAAACAGAGAUUCAGCUUCAGGUGUUUGUUACAGACGAGGAGGGAGAAGUUGAUAUCUCAGCAUGUCACGAGAUCAGAGAGAAAAUUGAAAGUAUACUUAACAAUCUUGCCGACACAUUUCAGAAUAACUCUGGAUUCCAUGUUGCGUUCAAAUGCAAACCUGCUGGAUUCUGUGACAGCAAAGAGAGUUCUGUCAUAAAUGAGUCUAAGUUUACAAGAGCAACUUUCCAGUGUCCGUCCUGUCCAGCCAGUAAAAAGCAUCCAAUCAACACAAACGAUAUCACAAAAUAUUGGAAAAAGGAGCUUCAAAAGAAGCCUGAUCCUAAGGAGGAAAACAUCUCAGCCUUAGAAUUGAUUUUAAAUGUGGUGUCUAAGAAAAUGCGUGACACAACAUGCUGUCUGUUGGCAAGUUAUUUUGAAGUGGCAGAAGACAUCUUCAUACGAAAUUUUGAAGAGCAAGUAUUUAGAAUUCUAUACAAGUGGUUAUGUAAAAAUCCAAACAUCGACCACUUGAAUGAGUUGGAAAGAAUUCUAAACGAGGCUGACCAAGGGAGAGCCGCAGAAUAUGUUAGGACGUUCAAUAUGGCGGAUUUUCAAUGCAGAGAUAUUCCGAGUCCGAGUCUGUCGGUAUCGGAGAAAGAAUUCCAUAUACUGUCUCAAUAUCUUCCAAAAGAUUACACUCAUUUUGUGCGACUUUUGGGCCUUCGGCAGAGAAGUCUUGAAAAGAUAGAAGAAAACUUUCAGAAAAUAGAGAAACGGGUAUAUGAAGCUCUCUUACAAACAAGAGAGGAAUGUCCCACCCUAUGCCGCCAGGAUUUGUGUAGAGCGCUGACAUUUCUAGAGAGAAAUGAUGUCAUUGAGGCCCUAAAACCUCUCUGGAAAUCAUAACAGGAAAUCUUGAAAUAACAAUUCUACAGUCUUAAAAGACAAAAAUAUUAAAAUGAAAUAGAUGUACAUCUGUCUUCUUAGUGCAAUAGAAUUAUAGAGAUGUAAACAUCCCUUCUUACCUUUUACAUAUAGACAGGAGAACUGAUUGUUUGUUUACCUGUCCAGUUUACUUAUCAACAGCAGAACAGAUGGGAUGUUUAUUAAGAUUAUUUUGUAUCGUCACCUCUAUAAUUUCUAAUUUUUUGUUAAAAAAAUACAAUGCGUAUAUCGUUUGCAGAU